AUGGCACUUAUGAAGAUACAUGUCACUCCUUCCUUUUUAAUUGGAACUUCUGCUUAGGAGCUGUCUGUGACUUUUCAUCUAUGAUCUUUUCUUUCAAUUCCCAUUGACUUUUGAGUUGCAGGAAGGUCUCUGAAGAUUUAUAUCAAAUGACGUCAAUGGCCAGCUUGUUUUCUUUUACUAGUCCAGCAGUAAAGCGAUUGUUGGGCUGGAAACAAGGUGAUGAGGAAGAGAAAUGGGCAGAAAAGGCAGUCGAUGCUUUGGUGAAAAAGUUAAAAAAGAAAAAGGGUGCCAUGGAGGAACUGGAGAAAGCCUUGAGCAGUCCAGGACAACCAAGCAAAUGUGUCACCAUUCCUAGAUCUUUAGAUGGACGCCUGCAAGUUUCUCACAGAAAAGGCCUUCCCCACGUUAUUUAUUGUCGUGUUUGGCGCUGGCCUGAUUUGCAGAGUCAUCAUGAGCUAAAGCCAUUGGAUAUUUGUGAAUUUCCUUUUGGUUCUAAGCAAAAAGAAGUUUGUAUCAACCCAUACCACUAUAAGAGAGUGGAGAGUCCAGUCUUACCUCCUGUAUUAGUGCCUCGUCAUAAUGAAUUCAAUCCACAACAUAGCCUUCUGGUUCAGUUUAGGAACCUGAGCCACAAUGAACCUCACAUGCCACAGAAUGCCACGUUUGCAGAUUCUUUCCACCAACCCAACAAUACUCCUUUUCCCUUAUCACCAAAUAGUCCUUAUCCCCCUUCUCCUGCUAGCAGCACAUAUCCCAACUCCCCUGCAAGUUCUGGACCAGGAAGUCCAUUUCAGCUCCCAGCUGAUACUCCUCCCCCUGCUUAUAUGCCACCCGAUGAUCAGAUGGGCCAAGAUAAUUCCCAGCCUAUGGAUACCAGCAGUAAUAUGAUUCCUCAGAUUAUGCCCAGUAUAUCCAGCAGAGAUGUUCAGCCUGUUGCCUAUGAAGAGCCCAAACAUUGGUGUUCAAUUGUCUACUAUGAGUUAAACAAUCGUGUUGGGGAAGCUUUCCAUGCAUCUUCUACUAGUGUUUUAGUGGAUGGAUUCACAGAUCCUUCAAAUAACAAAAGUAGAUUCUGCUUGGGGUUGUUGUCAAACGUUAAUCGUAAUUCCACGAUUGAAAAUACUAGGCGACAUAUUGGAAAAGGUGUUCAUCUGUACUAUGUCGGCGGGGAGGUGUACGCGGAGUGCCUCAGUGACAGCAGCAUAUUUGUACAGAGUAGGAACUGCAACUUUCAUCAUGGCUUUCAUCCCACUACUGUCUGUAAGAUUCCCAGCAGCUGCAGCCUUAAAAUUUUUAACAAUCAGGAAUUUGCUCAGCUUCUGGCUCAGUCUGUCAACCAUGGGUUUGAGGCAGUAUAUGAGCUCACCAAAAUGUGCACCAUUCGAAUGAGCUUUGUCAAGGGCUGGGGAGCAGAAUAUCAUCGACAGGAUGUUACGAGCACUCCAUGUUGGAUUGAGAUUCAUCUUCAUGGGCCUCUUCAGUGGCUAGAUAAAGUCCUCACUCAGAUGGGCUCCCCUCUGAACCCCAUAUCUUCUGUUUCAUAGUGCAGAAGUAAUAUUUUCAAUUGUAAUAUUAGUGGAUU